AUGGAAGAUACUGAGGAGACUGGGAGCCUGCAACGGAGGCAGUUCACGCAGGCAGAGCCCGUCAGCGUGGGAAUAGAGGAGGUUUUCAACAUCCUGCCUCUGCAUGGUGUACUGCUGCCGGGUGAGAGCCAGCGGGUCAUGUUCACUUUCUUUGGCCACGCAAACAUCGUCGCCGGCGUCAUGGCUCUGUGCAGGGUGGAGGGAGGCCCCACCUACGAGGUUGCACUGAGUGGGGAGGCUUCCCUUAUCAACUCCGUCCUGGACAGCGCAGAGAUUGACUACGGCCUGCAGGGGUUUAACAAAGUUGGAGAAGCGGAGGUCACCCUGCGGAACAGUGGGAAGGUGGGAUUCACCUAUGCAGUGCUGAGCCCCAGCGUGGCCACUGCAGGCUGCCCGCGGCCCCGCGAGCCCCUGGUCCUGCCCAGCACGGGUUAUGUUGGAGCUGGCAAGGAGCAAGCGCUGAAAGUCUACUACCUGCCAGGAGUACCUGGUGGCUUCUGCAGGACUUUCCAGGUCCAAGUGGGUCACCUGGAGCCAGAAGAGAUCUCCUUAAAAGGAGAGGGUAGCUUUCCCAGGAUCUCCUUGGAGCUCCCCAGGAAUAUCAAAGGAAAUGAAAAAUAUGAGAAGGUCCUCAAGGUGGCAAAAGAGAAGAUGGAACAAGACAGCCAGAGAGAUGAAGCUGUUGUUCUGGGAGAAACUGUGGCUGCAGAGACGGCUCGAGCACCAUGUUGGAGCCUUGUCUGCAGAUGCAGAUGGAGCAGAUGCUGCUAGAGGAACAUGCCCUGGAGCAGCUGAAAGCUCUGGCCUGCGGUCCCCCAGAGGACACUGCCUUUGACCAGUGUGCUCGCUGCGGGCUUCUCAAAGCUGAGCUGCCUGAGUACAUCCUGGACUUUGGCUACGUCAUUCGUGGUAGUACCCACACUCACGUUGUGAAGAUCACCAACACCGGGCGGUUUCCUGUGUCCUUCUGCACUGGCCGAAGGGUCCUGCGUAGCACAGGUUUCCGUGUGGAGCCGGAGCACGUGAAGGACCUGCCGUGCUGUGAGACCGAGUCAUUCACAGUGCACUUUGACUCAGAAAGUGCCAACCUGCCACUGGGAGAGGUGGACGUGCUCCUGCCCAUCAAGGUUCAGCCCUCCUGCAAGUCAGUGUUUCAUCACACCGCAACCACCACAGGAGAACAUAGCCCAGUUGGAAGGCUCAGCAUCUGCAGAGGGCAGCUCCAGGGAAGAGGCUGCAGAGGAGCCAGCCAAAGGCCUGGGA